ACGGUAGCGGGGAGGAGAGCGGGCAGAAGUUUUCUGCGCGCGCGGUGGGGAUGGAACGUUGAUAGAGUUCGCGGGUCUCACUGCUGGGGGCUGGAGCCACACGCAGUGCGCCGCCGCGCGCCAAAGCGGGAAUCCGGGAGGCGGGCACCUCUGCAAUUAAUGCACGCGUUUAAAACUCCCGAACCUGCGGACGCCAUGCACAGGAAGCACCUCCAGGAGAUUCCCGACCAGAGUAGCAACGUUACCACCAGCUUCACGUGGGGAUGGGAUUCUAGCAAGACUUCUGAACUGCUUUCAGGCAUGGGGGUCUCUGCCUUGGAGAAGGAGGAGGUGGACAGUGAGAACAUCCCCCAGGAACUGCUUUCAAACCUGGGCCACCCGCAGAGCCCUCCACGAAAACGGCUGAAGAGCAAAGGGAAUGAAAAGGACUUUGUGAUCGUCCGCAGACCUAAGCUAAAUCGAGAGAACUUUCCAGGUGUUUCAUGGGACUCCCUUCCAGAUGAGCUGCUCUUAGGAAUCUUUUCCUGUCUGUGCCUCCCUGAGCUCCUGAAAGUCUCCAGCGUUUGUAAAAGAUGGUAUCAUCUAGCGUUUGACGAGUCUCUCUGGCAGACCUUAGACCUCACAGGUAGGAACCUCCACCCAGAUGUGACUGGUCGGCUGCUGUCUCGAGGGGUGGUUGCCUUCCGCUGUCCACGAUCCUUUAUGGACCAACCGCUAGUCGAACAUUUCAGCCCUUUUCGUGUACAGCACAUGGACUUGUCAAACUCUGUGAUCGAUGUGUCUACCCUCCACGGCCUUCUGUCUCAGUGCUCCAAGUUGCAGAAUCUCAGCCUGGAAGGCCUGCGGCUUUCGGAUCCCAUUGUCAAUAAUCUUGCUCAGAACACAAAUUUAGUGCGACUAAAUCUUUCUGGGUGUUCUGGAUUCUCCGAAUCUGCCCUAAAGACCUUGCUGAGCAGCUGUUCCAGAUUGGAUGAGCUGAACCUCUCCUGGUGUUAUGACUUCACUGAAAAGCAUGUGCAGGUGGCUGUUGCACACGUGUCAGAGACCAUCACCCAGCUGAAUCUCAGCGGCUACCGAAAGAAUCUGCAGAAAUCAGAUGUCUCCACCUUAGUUGGAAGAUGUCCCAAUCUGGUCCACCUAGAUUUAAGUGAUAGUGUCAUGCUGAAGAAUGACUGCUUUCAGGAAUUUUACCAGCUCAACUACCUCCAACACCUAUCCCUCAGUCGAUGCUAUGACAUAAUACCUGAAACUUUACUGGAACUUGGAGAAAUUCCCACACUAAAAACACUACAAGUCUUUGGAAUCGUGCCAGACGGUACCCUUCAACUGUUAAAAGAAGCCCUUCCUCAUCUACAGAUUAAUUGUUCCCAUUUUACCACCAUUGCCAGGCCAACCAUUGGCAACAAAAAGAACCAGGAGAUAUGGGGCAUCAAAUGCCGACUGACACUGCAGAAGCCCAGUUGUCUAUGAAGUAUCUGUUGCAGGAUGGUGUCUCCUCUUUUCUUUGAACAGGGAAAGUAGGCAGGAAGCCCAGUUGCUGAAGAACUCGGCUAUUUUUAUUCUUGGUUUUCCCUUGCCUUCCUUCUCCAAGUAUAUUAGCGAACCAUUCGAGAGAGAAAAAGACAAAGUGUUGCUUCGAAAAAAUGACUCUGAAAGCUUUUAUCACUGCUCUACCCCUAAGAGUCUUAAGUUGUAAGAGUCUAAGUUGUAGACCUUUUAAAAUUUUAGGAGAAUGAGCCUAUCAUUUCAAGAGAGCUUAAAGAGCAAAAUUUGAGCCACCUCUUCCAAGUGCCCUUCUUAUUAAAUUUAUUUAGAAUCAUGCUUAAAAAUCAUCACCAGCGAAUUAUUUUCAUAGCCUGUUUGGCAACUGAACGUUCUUCUAUUUAAUUUUUCAGUACUGCUUUGUAAGAUGUAGAUUGCAAGAAUAAUAAGCUAUUGGUAUUGUAAGCUGAACAGAAUGAGAAUCAUAGAGUAGAUUUGAGGCAAUCUCUUCCGAGGAUAGAAAGAAAAAUAUACAUUUCAACGUUGCCUUGAGAUUUGAAAAUGGAUUUGUGGAAACAAAUAGCCCUGAAUAAUUCACCUUAAAGCAGAAAUAAACAGCCAGCCAACCAGAAGUAUGAUGUUGGUAUAGAAUUUAAAGACUAAAGAGGCAGUUUUCUCUGACAAGUUAAUCUGUAGAAUCCUCUAGUGCAUAUUAAUGAGGUCUCCUUUAUGUACUCUGUUCCCAGGAUUCUCAAUUAAUUGUGGGCUUCUGACUUUAUGAUCAAAUUAUGGAAACAUGAGUUAUUUAGCUUUGACAAUGACUUGCUUUGUUUUAAAAAGAUGUUGGUAACCAGUCAGUGUCUAAUCCUUGAGAUGUUGGAUGGAAAGCCUGCCAUCUUCUUCCCUCAUCGCUGGGGUUCUUGAAGUUAUUUUUAUAUUACUCUGGAAUCAAAUAUUUUAAAUUGUCCUUUUUUUUCUUUAAUGGCCUCCCACAGUGAUUAUUUGAAACUACCCAUUUUAUGAAGUUACUGGACCUAGAGUUCACCAAGCCACAUGUUCCUUUCAGUCAGAAAUACACACUAAAAGGAGGUGUACAGUCCAUGCAGUUUCAGAGCAGUAAGCCCCACUACAUAAAAAUUACAUCUACAUUAAAAAAAGAAAAAAAAAGUUGCACCUACGUAAAGGUUAAGACUCAGGUAUUGAACCUUUUGAUAGCAUCAGUGACUUUUUCUUUUUAAUGAUCCAUAGAAGCAAAAGAAUUAAAUUCUGCUCUUUAAAAAAACCCCACACAUGGACAACACAAAUUUCUUAUUUAAAUUGAUGACCUCCCCACAUGUUCAAAAUGGAACAAAAAGCCCCAUCUCAUCAUUUCUAGUAACAUCACUUUUUUUAAAAAUCAGAUUUUUCAAAUCUGUUAGAAACAAUGGUAUGAAGUGCCCUUAUCUGCUCAGACGGGAGGAGGAAGAACAUUUUAAAGUAGUGUUACACAGGAAAUGAUUAUGCUUCAAUUCCAUAGUAGUUAAAAAGUGCUAAAUACUACUUGAAAUUCAUUGUUUACAGAUUAGUGACAAAGGCUGAAGAUAGGAUCCGGUUGGCCUCUGACUUCCGGAUGUCCUCAAAAUACAGUACUUCCAAACCCAAGACCAGCCAUAAGCUAUUUUGCUUACAUGUCAGAGUAAUCUGUAUUUUUGUAUGUGAUUUCUACUUUUAUAGACUUGUUUUAAAAUAAAACACAUUUUUAUAAAAAUGAGUACUU